AGUAUUUCUGUUUUAUCUUUAUUUGUGAAGAUUGUUUGUGGAGAAUACAGGCAUGGGUUGGAACGGUUUUUCGAGGGAUUAGAUUGUUUUCCAGGCCGAUGAGUCCUUGGGAAUUGUUGUGAUGAUAUUAUUCAUUUGUUUAAGAUGUCUGAGGCGUUAUGCGUUGUUACCUCCGUCUAAUUCUAUUUCUAAACUUGAUUAGAUUGACAAUGUAUUAUAAAAAAAUAAUUGUUCCUAUUUUAUGGAAGCAUUACCGGCCUCCUCAUGGUUGCCGGAUUGAAAAAACUAACCCAAAUAUAUUAAUGAUAUUCACUUUUAAUUAAGUUUUAAGGACAUUUCUAACAAUCUCGCAUAUGCACGUUGUGCACGGAGUCUUUAAGCUUGCUGGAACCCUUGUUUAUAAACCGAAGAUAAGCGAUCGGCGACCGUAACCAAUACUUAUGCUUACGCUACCACAAACGCGUGCCUAAGUAGAAUUCACUGCUAUGGUACCAGCAAUUUUUCAGGAAUAUCUUGGAAACUAAAUGACCUCCUUACAUAUAUAAAAAAAACGUUGCUCAAAGUUUUGACUUUUACAACAUAUCCAAAAAUACAUCGAAUUCGGAGAAUAGUUAGCUUUUCUAAGUUUCGCCCUCACUUUUUAUGAUAGGACAAUGCCGGAGGAAAGCAUUAUUCGAUAUUUUUCUUAUCACGUCAUAAUAACGAAAAAAAAAAAAAAAAAAAAAAAAAAAAAAAAAAAAAAAAAAAAAAAGAAUUGAUUUAAUUUAUGGUAAGGCUACAAAAAAUUUUAUAAAAUCUUCAAGCAGAAAGAUAUUUUAAGAAAAAUCAUUCUUCUCAAAAAAGUUUCGACCAUAUCUUUUAAUUAUUUUGUAAAACAGGCAGUAUUAAACCAUUUAAAAGAGAAUAACUGAAGCCUACUACCAGAGAAGGUACAGAAACUAUUACCUGUAACAAUAUCAUCACAAUGAACAGACAAGAAAAGCCCGAACAACAGAUAUUAGCCUAUUCAUUUCUGAUACUAGAUUUUGAUGCUGCUAUUGAUCAAACAUAUUACUAUAUGUGCUUUUUAAGUGGAGGGCUACCUUGUAUAAAUUACAUACACCUUUGUUAUUAAAGUAUCGCAUGCAGAAACAUUAGUUAAAAAUGUUAAAAAGAAGAAAAAAUAAAAGUAGUAAAUUUGCUCGAAUGAACGAAGAGGAACGUGUACGUUAUAUGCAACAUAGACUUGAAUUUGAGUUAGAAGCCAAAAGGCGUAAACAACAAUUAAUCGCUAUUUUUACUAAGAAUAAAUUGAAACGCGAAGAGGUAUUUUCAAAAUUAAAUAUUGCCAAAAUUAAUGAAAAGUGGAGGUAUGUUUUGCGACAAAUAAAAUGUAAGGAACUUCAUAAAAAUGUAAAACAUCUCCAUACAACUUUUGAUAGAGCAAUAAGAACUAAGGAUGCAACAAUUUCUUAUUUAUAUAAUGAAUUAAAAAUAGCAGAUGCAGAUCACAGAAAACUUCAAGAAACACAUAUUUUAUUAAUCAAUAAUAUAAUUGGAAAAUACAAACAAAAAUUGACAGAGUUACAUGAUACAUGUACAUUCAAUAAUACUAAAACAAAUAAUAUGAUAGAGUUAACUGAAUUGAGAAGUCACAUGGAACAGUGCUAUAAGGAAAUUUCUAAUAAUAUAAGCAGAAAAAGUACAACUUUUAAUGAUACACAAACUAUAAAAAAAACAUACAAUGCUGUUAAUAUUUUUAAUAUUUUGUACUUGGAGGAAGAUAUGACAUCAAAUCUUCUGCAUCAGUCUUUUUCAAACAUAGAAAAAUUCUGGGAACAGUUAUAUAGAAUAAUAAAUGAAUAUCAAAGAAUAGUUGAAAACAAAAGAACACAGUAUGAGUAUCUAAAAGAACAAGAUAACAUUCAUCGAAUGUGUAUAUUGCGGUAUCCGAAAGUAUGCUUACAGUUACAAAGUAUUAUUGAAAGUUUAAAAGGCAAUGUACACAUAUUAUCACAAAAAAGAAAUGAAAAACUUGCAAAACUCCAAAUAGCAGAUAUAAAAAUAAAGGAAAAAUACAAAAAUAUUAAAUAUGAAUUAACUGUAACUCAAGUGAUAAAUUCUGUACAGUUAAAAAAAUUGGCUAUUAAAAGCAAUGAAGUAUUAAAACAUUUACAAAGACUUAUGGAAAAAGGUUGCACAAUUCUUGAAGUAAUUAAAAUAUGCGCCACUUUGGAACCUUUAUUUUUUAACUUGAAGAAAUAUUUUAUACAAAAUGCAGUAUAUAGUGAAUGUGCUGAUACUAAUAUUCCUGAAUCAUGUGCUAAAAUUAGUAACUUUUGGGAAUAUUAUAAUUAUAUAAAAGUAAAUAAUAUUAUGUUAAGGAAAGAAAGUAACAAGCUUUGUAGAGAGAAUAAAAAAUUAAAACAUAAACUGCAAGCAUACUUCUUGGUGGAUUCUGGCUUAAUAUAUCCAAUUACUCUAUCUUUGACGUGAAAUCUUUUGUUUAGUUAUCCUUUAUAAUCAUAAAUAAAAAAAUAAAUAACACAGUAAUAAAUACUUAAAUUUCAAUGAAUCAGAAGUUCAUAUUGUAACUUUUUUUAUAAUACGCAUCGAUUUUACUCCAGGAAUAGCCAUGAACUUUUGACCCCUUUGAUAAGGAAAAAAAGAAAUCUAGCAAGACGUGAAAUACUACCUAAUGUCUAAUAUUUUAUUUACAAUAUAUAGAUUUGGUCAUGCUGCGCUCUCGAGACAUAGAGCAAUGGAAAGUAGUAGAAUUUAAGCGAAAUGAUUCUAUUGGCAUUUAAGUACCUAUUACUGUAUAGACAUUAAAAUGUAAUGUAUUUUGCGAAAAUGUAUUCGUAUAUAUCAUGUUGUAUUGUAUUAGAUUAACGAUGAAUAAAAAUUCCACCACCUA